ACGGAAAGAGCUGGAUGUAAUGUGACACUGGAGCUGAGAGAUCAUGAGAGAACACCGCACACUUCAGCAGCACCGCGGAUAAUAUCACUCCUCCUCCGGCGGGAUUUAACCGGUAAGAGCCUCCUCAGCUGCUUCGGGACGGUUCUCUUCUGGGUUGUGGAUAAUGAAAGAGUUCGUCUCCAUCCUGCGGGAUUCAAGCGGGAUCGCGAUGCGCUGCAGUUCGGAUCAUUAAUCCAUGUUUGGAUGAUUCAGAAGAUUCAUUCUGCUUGCUUCGGCUCAGAUGAGCAUCUGAUGGAUUCGUAGCAUCUUCCUGUUCGGUCGUGUGGACGCAGAUCAUGCACCGGUGAAAACGGUGCAUCUGUGUUGGAUGGCCGGGCGGUAGGGUCAGAGACGGUCAGGCAGGAUGAAUUCUCUCCCGUCGAUGGACAGACACAUCCAGCAAACCAACGACCGCCUCCACUGCAUAAAACAGCACCUGCAAAAUCCAGCAAACUUCCGGACGGCGGCGACGGAGCUGUUGGACUGGUGCGGAGAUCCACGAGCGUUUCAGCGGCCCUUUGAGCAAAGCCUGAUGGGAUGCCUAACGGUGGUGAGUCGUGUCGCCGGUCAGCAGGGUUUCGAUAUGGAUCUGGGCUAUCGGCUGCUGGCCGUUUGUUCUGCACACAGGGACAAAUUCACCCCCAAAUCAGCAGCGUUGCUGUCCUCGUGGUGUGAGGAUCUGGGUCGACUUCUGCUGCUGCGUCAUCAGAAAAGCAGACAAGCCGAUCCAUCAUUGGGCAAGAACCCACUGCAGGACAACAUCAACAACAUGAAACCAGCUCUGUCACAUGGUGAUGCAUCGUUUCAAUAUGACUCCGUCUCCUGGCAACAAAACACCAAUCAGCCGCCGGGCUCUGUUUCCGUGGUGACCACCGUAUGGGGUGUGACCAAUACAUCACAGAGUCAGGUGUUGGGGAACCCCAUAGUGAACCCAAACAGCCAUAUGAACCCUAUGACAGGAGGUAAUGGAGGUAUGAACCCGGGACAGUUUACUGGACACCAGCAGUAUUCCUCCAAGACCAGUCCAAACCAGGCCUACAUGCAGCCGGGGAUGUGCGGGAGAUCCAGUUACCCAGGAGGAGGAGGAGGAUUUGGAAACAGUUAUGGGGGCGGUCCUAACCACGCUGGUGGGAUGGGCCUGCCUUCGCAGACACGCCCCCCUUCUGACUUCAGCCAACCAGCGGCCGCCGCUGCCGCUGCUGCUGUGGCUGCUGCCGCUGCUACGGCGACCGCUACAGCCACGGCAACGGUUGCCGCGCUACAGGAGACACAACACAAGGACAUGAACCAAUACGGCGCGAUGUGUUCCUCCUUUCAAAUGGGACCAAACCAGGCUUACAGCACUCAGUUUGUGAAUCAGCCCGGCCCCCAGGGGCCCCCUGCCCACCCUGGGGUCAUGACCAUAGGGCAGCCUCGGGGUCAGACGGGGUCAUACGGGGGUCAGAGGACAGUGCAUGGGGUGAAGAGACCAUAUCCUGGAGAGGUGAGCUACGGGUCGCAGUAUGGUCCAAACAGUCUGUUUUCCUCUCAGCAGGGUCAGUAUCCGAACCCUGCCCCCAGCAGAGGCCUCUCCUCACCUCAGAGACAGUACCAGACACCCGUUUACAAGGAGCCCAGCAGUCACUUCAGCGUGGGAAACUUUCAUUACACUGCACCUCCUCGGCCGAUGGGCAAUUACCCUCACUCUCCGUUACCGUGUGACCCCACGCCCCCCGUGACCCCAGGAAGUAGUAUGCCACCAUAUCUGUCACCACACCAGGACAUGAAGCCCCCGUUUCCUCCUGAUAUCAAGCCCAACAUUAAUGCACUGCCGCCUGCUUCAGCUAACCCUAACGAGGAGCUCCGGCUGAUGUUCCCGGUUCGGGACGGUGUGGUUCUGCAGCCGUUCAGACUGGAGCACAACCUGGCCGUCAGUAAUCACAUCUUCCACCUGCAGCCCACCGUCCACCAGACGCUCAUGUGGAGGUCUGAUCUGGAGCUUCAGUUCAAGUGUUAUCAUCAUGAAGACAGACAGACGUACACAAACUGGCCGGCGUCUGUGCAGGUCAGCGUCAAUGCCACACCGCUCACCAUUGAGCGCGGCGACAACAAGACUUCCCACAAACCCCUGCACCUGAAGCACGUGUGUCAGCCGGGCCGAAACACCAUCCAGAUCACAGCGACGGCCUGCUGCUGUUCGCACCUGUUCGUCCUGCAGCUGGUUCACCGGCCGUCGGUUCGAUCCGUGCUGCAGGGUUUACUGAAGAAGAGACUCCUCACCGCAGAACACUGCGUCGCUAAAGUGAAGAGGAGCUUCAGCAGCGUGGCUGUGUCUGUCGGUGAUGAUGGCGUGGAGCAGACGGCCAUCAGAAUCUCUCUAAAGUGUCCAAUCACAUUCAGACGCAUUCAGCUGCCGGCGAGAGGCCAUGACUGCAAACACGUGCAGUGCUUUGACCUGGAGUCCUAUCUAGAGCUGAACUGUGAGCGGGGCACAUGGAGAUGUCCGGUGUGCAAUAAACCGGCUCUGUUAGAAGGUCUAGAGGUGGAUCAGUACACGUGGGGGAUUUUAAACGCUCUCCAGAACUCAGAGUUUGAGGAGGUCACGAUAGACCCCUCGUGCAGCUGGAGGCCGGUGCAGAUCAAAUCUGAGGAAGAUCCGGACGGGUUGAUGUCCAAGCGCUUCAAACCCACGAGUCCCAGUCAGAUGGUGCUGCCCAACGUGAUGGACAUGAUCUCUCAGCUCGGCCCGAGAGCGUCUCUGUACCCCAACCAGAGCCUCCAGCAGCAGAACAGCAGCACUAACCAAUACAGCAGUCCACGCAACAGUUUCCAGGGCCACAGUAAGUUUGGUGACUAUCCCCAUGGCAACGCAGCAGCAUCAUCAUUAUCAGUGAGUGAGUUCGUUCAGGGGGUGCACCUGUCUCAACCCCCCGCUGACCUUUCGACCUCUGAGAGCCUGACGCACACCCUACAGGACAGUACGCCUCGCCCCCUCAACACAGAUCAAUCCCACAAUCCCCUGCAGCACAGUAUGCAGCUGUUACAUCACAGUGCCCCGCCCCCUGCCUGCAGACCACCGCUCAGCCAGCAGAGCUCCGCCCCCAGCAGCCACAUGCACCCUGACAUGACCUUUAACCCCGCGUCCAACCCGGAGGGUCAGAGCAGCGCAGACAUACGUGAGGCCUCCUUAGAUCUGCUGCCAGAGCUGAUGAAUCCGGACGAUCUUCUGUCGUACCUGGAUCCUCCAGAGCUUCCCAGCAGCAGCAGCGACGACCUGCUGUCUCUCUUUGAGAAUAACUGAGACCUCAAACCCUCCAUAUGCACUUACCGUCACUUCCUCUUCCUGUACAGACUACAGAUUUCAAAACCAGCAUGGACAGACACGACAAUAACCAAUAUUCCUGUUUCCAGAUACCUU